GUUGAAACAUUAAAAAAUAAAAACGGGGCACUAUUCUUGCAUUUUGUUUCUGGCCUCGUGCAUUCAAAUCUCGUUUCUCCCUCUUCUUCCAAACCCUAGAUUACACUUACAUGAUUGGUUCGUGCUGGUGAUUUCCAUGUAAAAUUUACGAAUUGUGAUCGUUUUCUUCGGCAAUGGUGGGAAAAAUAGACGCCACUUCGCGGGAAAAGCUUGUGAGUCUCGUGAACUCGGUUAAGUUGGCCAUGGACAUUCCAUCCAAGCUCGAUUACUUGCGGCAACUGAAGGUAGAAUUGCCUCAAGAAGACCCCGUUUUGCUCACCGAGUUUCUUCCGUGUCUCUUCGAGUUUCAGUCCGAUCGUUUCAGUCCAGUUCGCAAAUUUGUCACGGAGAUGCUUGGUGAAAUUGGAUCUAAAAACACAGAGUUCUUGCCUGAUAUUAUACCGGUGCUCAUUGCUGUUUUGGAUGAUGAUACACCCGCUGUUGUUCGUCAAGCUAUAUCAUGCGGAAUUGAUUUAUUUCAUUCCACUCUUGAGAAAAUUGCAAUACAGGGUUUAUACUCAAGUGAUCUGGACAUUGCACUUGAAUCUGCAUGGACAUGGAUGUUAAAGUUCAAAGACAAAGUACACUCACUUGCUUUUCAACAUGGUAGUGGUGGUGCAAAGUUGCUGGCCCUGAAGUUUGUUGGAGCAGUUAUUCUUCUAUACACACCAGAUCCAAAUGGUUCCUCAGAGCCCCCUCCUCAUCAAGGAAGGCUUGUGGAGUUUAACAUAUCAUGGAUUCGCAAGGGUCAUCCUGUACUCAACUUUAAAGAUUUGUCAAUUGAUGCUAGUCAUAGUUUAGGUCUCCUGCUUGAUCAACUCAGGUUUCCAACUGUGAAUUCUCUCAGUAACUCGGUGAUUGUUGUGCUAAUUAACAGCCUUUUAGCGAUUGCAAAAGACAGGCCUGCCUUCUAUGGCCGCAUCUUGCCAGUUUUGCUUGGUUUGAAACCGUCAAGCUCUGUUGUUAAUGGGAUCCGUGUAACAGCAGUACAUCAUGCGUUGAAAAAGGCCUUUCUCACUUGCUUGAAAUGUACACAUCCAAGUGCUGCUCCGUGGAGAGAACGUUUAGCUGGUGCCCUGGAGGAAAUGCAGUCUGAAGGGAUGGCUGAUCAGGUGUUCCACCAAGUCUCUGAGAUUAAUGGAAGUAUAAAGAAAGAGAAAGAUGACGAUCUAGAUAUUAAGGAAGAAAAACCAGCAUCACUUUCAUUUGAUUCAUUGCACACUAAUUUAGGGAGGAAACGAUUAGGAUCACAGGAUGGAGGUGAUUUAGCUGAAGAUGAAGAUGUUCCUGAAAAACGGUCCAAAACGACAACCAUUGUCUCAGAACCCAAGAAAGAGUUAGAUGAAAGCACAAGAGUGUGUUGGGACAACAAUGCUUCAACUGUACCACGUUCAUCAAGAAGAGAAGUGGAUAAUGGACCUGUUCAGCAACUUGUUGCAAUGUUUGGUGCUUUAGUUGCUCAGGGUGAAGAAGCCGUUGCACCUUUGGAGAUUCUUAUUUCCAGUAUCUCCUCAGACUUGCUAGCUGAGGUGGUAAUGGCUAAUAUGUGUAACCUACCUCCAAAUAAUCCAAGUGCUGAAGGAGAUGAUGAACCACUGCAUGACAUUAGUAUAACUGGUUCUGAUGGCAAGGCUAAAUAUCCAUCAUCAUUUGUAGAUUGCGUAAUGUCGCUUUCUAGUACAUUCCCAUCAAUAACUGUACUUCUUGACGCUAAUCAAUCAAUAUCCAAUGAGGUGAAAUCUCAAGGGGAGGAAGAAAUUUCUGCAACUGGAGUGGAUAAUAAUGCUGUGCAUUCUGGAUUGAAUCCUUCAUCUGAAAAUGUGAUGCUGCCCUCUGAUUUUCCAUCUUCUGAUGCCAAAAUACCUGGAAUGGAGAGUGUGAACACAGGUGUCCCUUCUGACAUCCAUGAUGUGGGCAAUUUAGAGAGUGGAAUACCUGGCCUGGAUUCUUUUGGUCGUAAUGUUGCCUUGUCAGAAACUGUAGCUGGUUCCUCAUUGGCUUCCUCUGAUAUAGAAGAAGCCAGUCAAGAACAAGUUAUGGGUUUUGGUCAAAAAUCACCCCUGAACAUUGUUACAUCAAUAUCAACAGAUAGGUCCGAGGAGAUAAGCCCAAAAGCAGCUGUUACGGAUGUAAAUAGUGUGGUGUCAUCAGCAGCACCUUCUGACAGGUCAUCUCGGUUGGUUCUGCCAAAGAUGAUUGCACCUGUUGUUGACCUUGCAGAUGAACAGAAGGAUAAUUUGCAAAAAUGGGCUUUUAUUCGUAUUAUUGAUGCUUACAAGCAAAUAUCAAUAGCUGGAGGAUCAAAAGUUCGAUUUUCAAUACUUGCUUAUCUAGGAGUUGAGCUUCCCUUGGACCUAGACCCAUGGAAACUAUUACAAAAGCAUGUCUUGGUUGAUUACACAAGUCAUGAGGGACACGAGUUGACUUUGCGUGUCCUCUACAGGUUAUUUGGUGAGGCUGAAGAGGAGCCUGAUUUCUUUUCUUCUACAACAGCUGCUUCUGUAUAUGAAACAUUCCUCCUAACAGUGGCAGAAGCACUAAGAGAUUCUUUUCCACCUUCUGAUAAAGCCUUUAGUAGAUUGCUUGGUGAAGCUCCUUAUUUGCCAAAUUCAGUUUUAAAAGUUUUGGAGAACAUGUGUUCUCCUGGAAAUUCAGAUAAAGUUGAAAAGGAGUCACAGAGUGGGGAUAGAGUUACCCAGGGCCUUAGUGCUGUAUGGAGUUUGAUUCUGCUGAGGCCACCUAUUCGAGAUACCUGCUUGAAAAUUGCUCUGCAGAGUGCAGUACAUCAAUUGGAGGAAGUGCGGAUGAAGGCAAUACGUCUGGUGGCAAAUAAACUUUAUCCUUUAACAUCCAUUUCUCAUCAAAUAGAAGAUUUUGCAAAGGAAAUGCUGUUAUCAGUGAUGAGUGGUGAUGCAUCUGAAACUGCUGACAGUGAAGGAUCUGUUGCUGAAACACCAAAGGGACCUGAUAAUGAGAAGUCUUUGAUUGAACCAUCAUCGGUGAGUGGCAACAGUAAGGAUUUCUGCUCUGAUAAUCACCAGUCAUGUACACCUGAAAGUGUCUUGCUGGUUUCUGUCUCUGAGGCUCAGAGAUGCAUGUCAUUGUAUUUUGCUCUGUGCACCAAGAAACAUUCUCUCUUUCAGCAAAUAUUUGUAAUCUAUAAAAGCACAUCAAAAGCAGUCAAGCAGGCAGUUCAUCGUCAUAUCCCUAUACUAGUUCGUACUAUGGGCUCAUCUCCAGAUCUCCUUGAAAUUAUUUCAGACCCCCCACAUGGAAGUGAGAACCUCCUAAUGCAGGUGUUGCACACACUUACUGAUGGGACAGUCCCUUCAAGGGAUUUAAUAUUUACUAUCAAAAGAUUACAUGAUUCAAAAUUCAAGGAUGCGGAGGUUCUUAUUCCUGUAUUGGCAUAUCUUCCAAAAGAUGAGGUUAUGCUGGUCUUUCCUCACAUUGUAAAUCUUCCUCUGGAUAAGUUCCAAGUUGCACUUGUUCGCAUGUUACAGAAAUCAUCAAAUUCUGGUCCAGUGCUUACUCCGGCUGAAGUAUUGAUAGCUAUUCAUGGAAUUGAUCCUGAAAAGGAUGGAAUUCCCUUGAAGAAGGUCACAGAUGCAUGCAAUGCUUGCUUUGAGCAGCGACAGAUUUUCACUCAAGAAGUUCUUGCCAAAGUUCUGAAUCAAUUGGUCGAGCAAAUACCUCUUCCUUUAUUGUUCAUGCGGACUGUAUUGCAAGCUAUUGGUGCUUUUCCGACACUGGUGGACUUUAUAAUGGGUAUUCUCUCUCGUCUUGUGGGAAAACAGAUCUGGAAAUACCCAAAGUUGUGGGUGGGAUUCUUGAAGUGUGCACAAUUAACACAACCUCAGUCAUUUAGUGUAUUGCUUCAGCUACCUCCAGCACAACUGGAAAAUGCUUUAAACAGAUCUGCAGCACUUAAGGCACCAUUGGUAGCUCAUGCUAGUCAGGCAGAUAUCCAAUCUUCACUACCCAGGUCCGUGUUGGUUGUUCUGGGAAUUGCAUCAGAUCCUCAGGUUUCAAGUCAGCCACAAACUAGUCAAACACAGACAAGUGAGACAGGCAACUCCGAGAAGGAUACGUUGACAGAAAAAUCCAAAGAAUCUUCUACAGCUAGCUGACUUGUUAAGUAAUUAUGUUGAGUGAUUAGACUCUGCUGAGGAAGAUUCUUCAUGCCGCCCUCCAGUGUGUGCAUGUUGCUGCCGGGAUUUAUUCUGCAGAAUUUGACCUGCGAACAACACUUCAGAAUAGAUCAUGACCAUUAGAGGUAUACAUGUACAUGUGGUCUGCACAAAAUUUCUCGUGUGCAAGUCAAACGGGAAGCUUCAUCCACAUGGGUGUAGAUUAUCCUGUAGAUUCUCAGCUAUGAGUAUGAAAAAACAGAACUUGUAAUCAGAUGCAUAAAAAGUUGGGCCAUGCCCCAUGAGCUCUAUCCUCUUCCAGGUGUAUAUUUACAUUAGGAAUCAACCAACAAGCUCAAAUGUUAGCGUCCAUCGCAAUUUUGGAGGUGGAAACAAUGUAUCUUGCACUGUGUUGUAUCAUAUUUUCAUUCGUAUAUUCAAUUCCGGUUUUGCCUUGGGAGCGAACAAUUUGAAUGGUUAUUGAUGUGUAUAUUUUUACGUUAA